AGGAUGGUCACCUAUGAGCGUGGCCGGGUUUGCAUCGGCGCAGGUUUGGAGGUGCACAGGGACCAGGACUCACUUGGGGUUUGCCGCCUUGGACCGGAAACAGUCGCGUGCGCCGAGGAGUGUGGCGGUGUCUGUUUGAACAUGCGCACUGAGGAGCUGCCCCCCAACACCCAGAGGCCUCACUGCAGGGGCCGCCCAUUACCCGAGAGUCUGCAGUCAUCGCGGGAACGAAUGGUCGGUGGGAACCAAUCGAGAGGCAGGACCAGGCUGUGUGUGCGCAGGCGCUCUGCCUAUGGAGAGUCAGGUGGCGCAGCUGGUGCCAUUCUGCACAUCCCGGGGCCACCUCAUGCCCCAGGGCCUGGUGGAGAUGCUGCACCCGGAGCCAGAGUUCUGAGUAACCGAGCCCUCCAGUUCAGCCUCACUGUGCCUUUCUCAUCGCACGCGGAGGCAGACAUCGCCCGCCACUUCCUGACUCCACGUACUCAACUGCAAGGGCCGAUUCGGAAGGAGCUCAAUGUUAAUGGCCGCAUGCUGGUUCUCCGAUUGACUGCUGAAGACCCUGGCCUGCUCCAGAGGUCCAUCGCCUUCUGUCUGGAGCAGCUUUCCCUGGUGAUGCGGUCCUUGCAGCACUUUGUGGCCCCCGUUUCUGCUAAGCCUCAGCACGGAAGAGGGGUUUAAACCUAGCCUAUGUGCCCUAGCCUCAAGUGUCCUUCCCCAGGGCAUUGCUUUCUGCAGUAGUUUGAUUGGGCUUCAUCUUCUGCCUGUGCUGCUGCUUGGGGCUCAGUGUCUACAUAGUUUGUUUGGUGACUGUUAACUACAGAAAAUACUUUGUUUGAUGAUUGUUAACUGCAGGAAAUAAAACUGAGCUACUGUGCUA